AUGGCGUUCCUGGUGGCAGUUCUCGUUCUAGCGGCAUGUCUGGAGGGCACAUUUGCACAAUUUGGUUGUACAAAUGCCAAAAGCAGUGAUCGUGCCAGAAAAAUGUUCCAAGAUGCUCACAAUGAUGCUAGAAGAAGUAUGGCAAAAGGAUUGGAGCCCAACAAGUGUGGAAUGCUGUCAGAAGGAAAGAAUGUGUACGAACUGAGAUGGGAUUGUGAAAUGGAAGCCAAGGCACAAACCUGGGCUGACGGAUGUCCAUCGGGAUUCCAGAGUUCCGAUCCAACCUACGGACAGAAUAUUAUGACCUUCUCUGGAACGUUCGCAGAUCCAGUUGCCACUGCCGCUUCAGCUGUGAACUCCUGGUGGGCCCAAGUUCGAUCCGGUGGACUUACUGACCCUGAUAACAAGUACACAAGCAGUUCUAUUUUUGCUUUCUCCAAUAUGGCUAACGGAAAAGCAACUGCUAUUGGAUGUGCCUAUGCAAUCUGUGGAACCACACUAUCAGUCAAUUGCCUUUACAACAAAAUCGGAUACAUGACCAACGCUAUCAUCUACGAGAAGGGAACUGCCUGUGCCGCCAAUUCUGACUGCACCACCUAUGCCGACUCCGAGUGCCGAAACGGUCUUUGCUACCAACCACCCGUUGCUCCCGUUGUUGAGACCUUUAAUAUGUGUCCAGGAGUCACUGAUCAAUCCGACCAGGCCCGUCAAAAGUUCUUGGACACCCACAACAAGUUAAGAUCUAGCCUUGCCAAGGGACUAGAAGCAGAUGGGAUCGCCGCUGGAGCAUUCGCACCACAGGCCAAACAAAUGAUCAAACAAAAAUACAGCUGCACAAUUGAAGCAAACGCGAGAACAUGGGCUCAAGGUUGUUUGUACCAACAUUCGACAAAUGCUCAAAGACCAGGAUGGGGAGAGAACUUGUACAAAAUUAGUAUCAACAAUAUGCCAAAGAUUCAAACUGCUGAAGACUCCUCAUUGGCCUGGUGGUCUGAGCUCAAGGACUUUGGAGUUGGAUCGGAUAACAUUCUGACAGAUGCAGUUUGGGCUCGCGGAGUUGGUCAUUACACUCAAAUGGCAUGGGAGUCAACCACUGAAAUUGGGUGUUUUGUUCAGAACUGUCCAACAUUCACCUACUCUGUCUGCCAAUAUGGACCAGCUGGAAACUACAUGAAUCAACUUAUCUACACAAAGGGAGCCCCAUGUACCGCCGACGCCGACUGCCCCGGAACUCAAACGUGCAGUGUUGCCGAAGCUCUAUGUGUUAUUCCUUAG